AUGUGUAAUGAAGAAGAAAAAAAUAUAAAUAAAUUUGACGACAAUACAUGUGAAGCCAUUCAUUCUAAUAGAUCUGGAAUAAAUGUAAUUUGUUGUUCAGCCAAUGAAAUUUUAAAUGAAAAAUGUAAAUUUAAAGAUUUUUGUGAAAAUCAAGGAAAUUUAACUUGUGGUUGCUUCAUCACAAUUGAAGAAGAUUUUUUUUGUUCUCCUGAUCUAUCUGCUCCAUCAACAGAAAAAUGUAAAUAUUUUAAAAAUCUGAACCAAUUAACAAUUCAAUUUCACAAUUCAAAUUCAAUGGAUAUAAAUUUGAAUGAAUUUUUUAAUAAUAUACCUAAUUUAACUUCACUAAAAUUAAUAAAUGUUCCAUUUCAAUUCACAAAAAAGACAUCUACUUGGAUAAAGACUAUUGAAAGAUUACACAUUGAAAACAACAAAAAUCUGGCUUAUUUACCAAAAUGGUUUUCAUUAGGACAUUCAUUAAAAAAAUUAACAAUAAAAAGAACCUCAUUAAUUGAUAUAACAUCAAUAUCUCUUCUACCAAAAUUAGAAUAUUUAAAGUUAUCUUUUAAUGAAAUAUCACACAUUCAUCGUAUUUCUUUUAUCUCACCCUACCUAGAAGAAGUAGAUUUAUCUCAUAAUAAAAUAACGAGAUUAGCUUCACAUACAUUUUCACAGGCAACACAAUUAAGAUACCUAGACAUGUCAUAUAAUCAUUUUCGUACCCCAUUACCAGAUAGUGUCUUUUCAAGAAAUACUAAAUUAAAAUACCUCUCAUUAGCUAAGUCUUAUCUAACACAUUUAACUGCCGAAGCAAUGAUAGGAUUAGAAAAUUUAAAAACUCUUAUCUUAUCAUAUAAUCCAACAAUUCAGUUAGAUAUAUUUACUCUCUUACCAUUAAAAAGUUUGCAAAAAUUAGAAUUAAACUGGUGUAACUUAACAAAAAUGCCAAUAGCUGUGACACAGUGCUGCCAUUUGAAUACCCUUCAAUUAAGUGGAAAUUUAUUUUAUAAAAAAGAUUCUAUGCCCAGUGAGGUUUUAGCUAUGCUUUCAACAAUUACAUCAUUAACAUUUGAUAGAAAUCCUUUAAUUGAAAUGCCAUAUGGAUUAUUUUUAAUACCAGUUAACAAUAUUGAAUUAAUUGAGCAAAUAUUAGAAACUUUGAUACAAUUGCCUUUAUGGCAAAAAGAACCAUGUACUCCAUAUAUGUGGAAUAUUCACUUAGCAAAUAGUAGUAAUGAAUUAAAAAGAAAAGUUAAUAUAUGGAGUGAACAAAGAAUGGAGACUAAUUUGUUACAACAUUGUAAACAGUUAUAUGAAAGUACAUUAGAAAAACUGGAAUUGUAUAGAGAAUUAGAACAAAAUAGUGGGUGUGAAGCGAGUAGAAAGUUAAGGAGCGUUAGAGAUUCAUGUAUUAUCAAACAAAUAGAAAUGGAAAAAAUGAUAGAAGAAAAAAUAAAAAAAGAAUGGGAUGAAAAAGAUGUUCAUGAGGUAACUCCACCUAGUAAUAAAAAAUAUAAAGUUGAAAAUUAUCUUAUUGUUUCACUAGCAACAAAUAUGUUUUUAGGAAGUUUCUUUUCAACAAUAUUUGUUUUUGUACUAUUAAAGCAUUUAAAAAAAUGUUUUGAAAGAAAAAAUCAUGAAGAAUUAGUUGGUAACACAUAUGAUAGAAAAUUUUAA